AUGUCUGAGGAGCUGGCCUCGGGCCCCAAGGAGAGCCCGCCGGCGCCACAGGCGGAACCCAGCGAGAUGUGGAAGAAGGGCGGCCGCCUGCUGUCGGUGCUCCUGGCCCUGAACGUGCUGCUCUUCGCCUGCACGCUCAUCAGCGGCGCAGCCUUCAACAAGGUGGAGGUGUACGACACCGACGUGUUCGCGCUGCUCACCGCGAUGAUGCUGCUCACCACGCUAUGGAUCCUCUUCUACCUCCUGCGCACGGCCCGCUGCCCCGACGCCGUGCCCUACCGGGACCCGCAUGCCGGCCCCAUCUGGCUCCGAGGUGGGCUGGUGCUGUUUGGGAUCUGCACUCUUGUCAUGGAUGUCUUCAAGACCGGCUACUACUCCAGUUUCUUUGGGUGCCAGUCAGCCAUCAAGAUCCUGCACCCCCUCAUCCAGGCUAUGUUUGUCAUCAUCCAGACUUACUUUCUCUGGGUCUCCGCUAAAGACUGUAUUCACGUCCACCUGGAUCUGACCCGGUGUGGUCUCAUGUUCACACUCACCACCAACCUGGCUAUCUGGAUGGCGGCUGUCGUGGAUGAAUCCAUGCACCAGGCCCACUCCUAUAGCGGUGCACUCGGCAACACCAGCCACACCCGCAUUGCUCCUGACCUGGAGCGGGUGGGCAGCACGGUCGAAGGAGAUUCCUGCCCCUGCAACACAGCCGUCUGCCAGAUCUUCCAGCAGGGCUACUUCUACCUGUACCCCUUCAACAUCGAGUACAGCCUCUUCGCCUCUACCAUGCUCUACAUCAUGUGGAAGAACGUGGGCAGGCUGCUGGCCUCCACCCCCGGCCAUGGCCACAUGCCAUCCCCGGUCAACUUCCGAGAGACAUUUUUUGCUGGCCCAAUCCUGGGCCUGCUGCUCUUUUUGCUGGGGCUGGCUGUCUUCAUCACCUAUGAGGUCCAAGUGAGUGAGGAGGAGGGCCACACCCAGCAGGCCCUAGUCGUCUACUACAGCUUCAACAUUGUCUGUCUGGGACUCAUGACCUUGGUCAGCCUGAGUGGCUCAGUCAUCUACCGUUUCGACCGCCGGGUCAUGGACCACCAUAAGAACCCCACGCGCACCCUGGAUGUGGCCCUGCUGAUGGGUGCUUCCCUGGGCCAGUAUGCCAUCUCCUACUACUCCAUCGUGGCUGUGGCGGUGGGCACGCCCAGGGACCUGCUAGGAGGGCUUGACCUAGCCCAUGCCCUGCUCAUGAUUGCUCAGCACAUCUUUCAGAACGUGUUCAUCAUUGAGAGCCUCCACCGGGGACCACCGGGGGCUGAACCUUGUGAUAAUCCCCCCAAGGAGCCCUGCCAAGGCCUUAUCUUUGCCAACCAGGAUGCCCUCCACUCCUUGCCCGCCUGUCCACCCAGCCCCAGGCCGGCAGGCCCCAGCUCAGCAGGCCCUCAGGAAGCAGUGGCCAUCAUCUUGGCCCCCAGGGGCCACUGGAGACGCCGGUGCCUAAAAGACAUUUCUCUCUUUCUCCUGCUCUGCAAUGUCAUCCUGUGGAUCCUGCCUGCGUUCGGCGCCCGCCCUCACUUCAGCAGCACAGUGGAGGUGGAAUUCUAUGGCUAUUCCCUCUGGGCAGCCAUCGUCAACAUCUGCUUGCCUUUCGGCAUCUUCUACCGCAUGCAUGCCAUAUCCAACCUGCUGGAGGUCUAUGUGCUGUCCUGA